GAUAAGUUGCUGUCUUGCAAAAACAUGCCCGUUCUGCUCGAUCAAAUCGGUCCACACGCAAUGUCUUGGCAACCCGAUUGGGCAAACACCUGGAAAGAGGAACCGUGCAAUUGUGCCCCAGCCACAUAUGGAGGAAUGAUCCCGUAUUUUCAUCCGGAUCACUAUCCAGCCGAAUUCAGUUCCUUUCGACGGUUUCGAACGAUGCUAGUCGCUAUGGACAAGCAAAUUCGCGUGGACGUGGAAGCCGAGGUGGAUCACGCAAUAUGCCUCACCGCGAUUAUCGGAUUCAAAAUUCCGGAAGCCACUAUCAGCCUUCACCAGCUGAGUCUUCAAGGGACGGCUUCGCCCAAAACCCACCCAGAGCAAAGAUUGGUGGGAUUGAAGUGCCUCACG